UCCAGUCUAAUUUUUUUGCGGAUUUCAGUCAGUUCCCAUUGCUUUUCAGAGGCAAAAAAUGUCCAAACUCCUAACCGUUUUCGUUCUACUGCAUCUGACUGCCCAGGAAAUAUGGACAUUUCGCCUCACUAGAACGGUCCUUCCACGCCACUACUCCCUGAAACUCCAUCCAAAUAUUGAUGGCGACCACUUCCAAGGCGAAGUUUCCAUUACGGUGUCCAGCCAAAUGGAGGAAAGGAGACUCAUACUGCAUAGCAUGAAUUUGACUAUCACUCAGGCCACAGUCAACCGCCAACCGGUUGAGGUAAAAGAGGAGAGCGAGCAGCGCAUUUCACUGGGCCUGCAAAAUGAGGAACGCUUCCAACCUGGAGAACACCAGAUUCGGUUGGUGUUCAAUGGGACUUACCAGGACAGAUGCGGCCUGAGGAAGGCCAGAACGGAGGAAGGAGUUCUAAUAGUGAACGAGUCGGAACCCGGCUACGCAAGACGAAUAUUCCCUUGCUUUGAUGAACCCAGUUUUAAAGCUCGCUUUAAUGUGCGUCUCAUUGCUCCAAAUGCUACAUACAGGGCCCUUUCUAAUAUGCCGGAAAUCGCCAGAUAUAGCACGAAGGCCGGCAUUAUCUACGAUUUUGCAACUAGUGUGGUAAUGUCCACUUACCUGCUAUCGCUCGUAAUAACUGACUAUCCAUUUUACGAGGAAAUGAUGAAAAUUGGUGAUAAAACAAUUCCAGUUCGGAUUUUCACCUCUAAAGCCAGUAAGGAAAAAAACGGUGCAGCCGUCCAAGCUGUGAAAUUCUACAUGAAUUAUUAUACAGAAUAUACUGGCAUUCCCUGCCCUCUUCCCAAACUAG